GUGACGUCAUGGCACGUCAGGCCACGCAGCUGCGCGCGCCUCCGCACCAAAACUCACCCAGAACUCCAUAACAAUAGAGUGAGCCGAGAGUGGAGUCCAGGCGCGCGCUCUCAAAGCUCAAAGCUCAGAGUCAGGCUCGAGUCACAUCAAACUGCCGGAGAACACACACACACACACACACACACACACACAGAGAGAGAGAGAGAGAGAGAGAGAGAGAGAGAUGUCCCUGGAAACCACAUUUACUUCAAACUCUCGGAUUUUUGGCAAAUGUGUGUGUUGACUGCAGGAGCAGUGAAACUGUCAAACUACGUGGAUGGAUUGAAAGUCUUUAAGAGUUUUUAAAGAUCAGCUGUAUAUGAUUGUAUUUAUUUACUUGAUUGCGAGAGCUGAAUAUGACAGCAUCAUUUACUUUAAUGACUGAAGGAAAACCGCUGCAGUUGUUCCAGAUCUCGGGAUGGUAACUACACCGGAGAGAGGAGUGAACUCUGCUCCAGAAUACCUGCUCUAGGCUUUGAAUGCACACAGGAGCAUUAACCGACGCGUGUAAUACAGAGAAAGUGAAUGGGCUGUGCGGCAUGGCGCGCUGGGUAAGCUGUCUCCUUCUGGGUUAUCUCACAUGGCACUUGUGCGUCCCCGAUGCGCGGGGAGAGUACUGUCACGGCUGGCUGGACAGCAGCGGAAACUACCAUGAAGGCUUCCAGUGUCCGGAGCACCUGGACACGGCGGACGCGGCAGUUUGCUGCGGGAGCUGCGCGCUGCGGUACUGCUGUGCUGCCACGGACGCGCGCCUGGACCAGGGCAGCUGCACCAACCACCGGGACAGCGAGCACACGGAAUACACACCACAACCUAUCUACAUGCCGUUCCUGAUGGUCGGCUCCAUUUUUGUGGCGUUUGUGGUCAUUGGCUCGUUGGUGGCCGUGUACUGUUGUACGUGUUUACGGCCCAAACAGCCGACACAGCAGCCGAUCCGCUUUUCCCUGCGUAGCUGCCAAGGCGAGACCAUCCCCAUGAUCCUGACUGCAGGGGCGGCGCCCACCAACCUGCGUGCACCGUCACGCCAGUCCAGCACGGCUACCACCAGCUCCAGCAGUGCUGGCGGGGGCAGCUCACUGCGCCGCUUCUCUCUGGGCAGAUCUGACGCUCUGGGACUCCAGCAGCCCCCGCAGCAGCUCCUGCUGGCCUCAGCCUCGUCUGUUUCCACACCAGUGUCCCUGGCACCAGCUCAGACCUUACUGCCUCCUCCACCUCCACCUCCAUACUCAUCUCCACAGUGCCUGCAGGGCAGCGUCUCUUACGUGCACACACACCAACACGGCCACCAUCAGAACCUCCACACAGCCCAGAGCUCCAACCUCCUCCUCUCCCAGCAGUACUUCUUCCCCUUGCAGCCAGAGCCGUUUGGUGGGAGUAAAGGCUUUGCUGACUUCAGCCAGAGCUGAUCUGGAGCUCAGGGUUGAGGAACAGGACACUGGAGCUGCUGUAAAACUUGUGCAACACACACUAUCUCUCUAGCCUGAACUGGAAUACAGUAUGAAGUGAUGCUUCUUUGUCACACUUUGUGUUGACACACUUUGAGUAGCAGAGGGUUUGGCUGAAGCUGAAGAGCUGCUGAAACUGGCAGGAAUGAGACAGGCACAUAACUACAGAGGAAAGCACAAUAUUUUUGGCUGGAACUCAUGCCGGAGAAAGCACACAGACCCCUGUUUGCACCUCUUAAUAAAUUAUAUUCAAUUUAUGCACUUUCAUUGUGUUUUAUAUAAAUAUUUCUAUCUUUCUGGAUGUGUGAUAAAGCCAAUUUACAUGGGACACUCAAGGAAAUGACUAAGAAUGCAGACAUAUUUAGAAGAAUUAUUCUGGACUACUUGGUUAUCAUUCACUGAAUUAAAACAAAGCAAACCAGGGAUUAAAAUAAUCUUUUUGACAAUCACAGAAAUGAUAAAGGUUUACUAGAUAAAGAGUGCCGAGUGUGUAGGUCAGGGUGUGUAUUUGUGUGUUUGCUUCACAGAAUGAGAUCAAAAUAUGUAGUUGCCUAAACAAGGGAAGCUGAUUGUCCGUAUUUUUUGUUCAUGUUGAAAUGUAUAUAUUACAGCACAUUAUGUUUGCUCAGUGAAAGAAUAGCUACUAACAUCGAGCCAUAUUUUUUAACAUUCCUCGCUCCACUCUCAACUACAACAGAGUAAGACACAGCUACCUCUGGGACCGUUUUUCUUUUCAACUGUUUGUUUUUCCAUGAUCUGGUUUAGGUUUUGUAUUUCAUUUAGCAUAAUUCAUAGAAAGCUGAAUAAUUGCUCAUAAUCACCCUGGUUUCAGGUUACGUUAACAACUACAUGCUCUCUGCUAGAUUUGUGGUGAGCGCAAUACUCUGAGCACUCACGUUACUGAAAUAUCGGACCAACUGGAGCAGCGCAAUGAGCUGGAGAACAGUCGUGUACAAGAACUGUGUUAAUGCUCCGUUCUGCUGUUUUUUUAUUUUUAAUGUCACGUUUUAAAUAAUUUUGCUGUAAUAAAGUAACAACUUGAGUUUUCUUUGAAUGUGGGAACAGUCGCACGAUGUAUUCAUGUUAGAAAUAGUGAUUAUUUUUAUGCUAGGCAAAAGUCUGCGGUUUCUUUGAUCAACACUGUAUAUUAUUCAAGGUGGGGAAAAUAGUUUAUUCUACAGACAAACUCAAAACAGGCCACCAAGACUGAUACUGAUGCUUUCAUUGUAAUAAUAUUUACUGAAUUAUACUGGAGGCUCCUACAAAGAAUAAACUGUUAUCCCAGAAAGCAGCUCGGCAAUCCCCAGACGAGCCAGACAGGAACUGAAUCAAAUGGCAGUAAAAUGAGAAAUCUAGUCAUCAGAGAUGGCAUCUAUUUAGUACACGUGCAGUGGGCUGAUGGAUUCUGGGGUCCUCUCCACCUUUUCCUGUUUAGUUUCUCACGGCUGUGUGUGUUUGUCUGCCCAAUUUAUAAUGAUUCAAUUUACUCAGUUGCAGGAUAAAAUAAUUACACUACAACCCAACACUCUAUUGAGUCUUCAGUCCACAGUUAAGCUCUUAAAAAUGCGUGUAAUUAGUUGGAUUUGUGAAAGGAAGCCUAAGAAACAUUAAUAGAAAACAUUUUCAACAUGUAAUAUGAGAACUGU